UCCUAUUUAGAAUCGAUGCUGUUAAACUUUGUUGAAAAAUAUAUAGACCGCCAAACUCUGAUUACAAUUCACAACAUCUACACUUCAAUCAUUUCACUAAUUUUCCCCAAAAUGACCACCACUGAUUCCCAACCCAUAUUCAAUCCCAAUAUUCCAUCGCCACCAAUUUCUUACCCAAUCAAAACACUUGAAGACUUAAGACUCCGUACAUAUUUCGAUUCGUUUCACUUCGAGUUCAACAAAUCGUCGGUUGCGUUACGACGACAGCGUGAUGACGACGUGAUGCUGCCGAAUAGGCGUAGGCUGAUGGUGUGUCAUGAUAUGGAAGGAGGUUAUACUAAUGAUGAUAAAUGGAUUCAAGGUGGAAAUAAUGCGGAUGCUUAUUCCAUAUGGCAUUGGUAUUUGAUUGAUGUUUUUAUCUACUUUUCACAUAAUUUGGUCACUUUGCCGCCACCUUCUUGGGUUAAUACCGCUCAUCUCCAUGGUGUCAAGGUGUUGGGAACUUUUAUAGUAGAGUGGGCUGAAGGAAAAUUGAUUGCAGAGCAGUUCCUGGAAACAACUACAAUUGCUGAGAUGUAUGCUGAGCGUUUGUCUGAACUUGCUGUUGCGUUGGGCUUUGACGGGUGGCUGAUAAAUAUGGAGGUCAGUUUGGACAUCAAAAAAAUUCCUAUCUUAAAGAAAUUUGUCAGCCAUUUAACCCAGGUUAUGCAUUCUUCAAUGCCCGGAUCUAUAGUUAUCUGGUAUGACAGUAUAACAAUUGAGGGUCAGCUCAUAUGGCAAGAUCAAUUAAAUGACAAAAACAAGCCCUUUUUUGAUAUAUGUGAUGGCAUUUUCAUGAACUAUUCCUGGAAGGAAGAUUAUCCAAGGUCAUCUGCUGCUGUUGCCGGGAAUAGAAAGUUUGAUGUGUACAUGGGGAUUGAUGUUUUUGGUAGAGGCACUUAUGGUGAUGGACAAUGGACGACAAAUGUGGCACUUGAUGUACUAAAGAAAGAUGAUGUGUCAGCCGCCAUAUUUGCUCCUGGAUGGGUUUACGAGACUAAGCAACCCCCUAACUUUCAGACUGCUCAGAAUCGGUGGUGGAGUCAAGUUGAGAAAUCAUGGGGAAUAUCACAAACUUAUCCUAGAGUUCUUCCAUUCUACUCAAACUUCGAUCAGGGUCAUGGUUACCAUCUAUCUGUUGAUGGAAGUCUAGUCUCAGAUGCACCUUGGAACAAUAUUUCGAAUCAAAGCUUUCAGCCAUGUCUUGAGUUAUCUGGAGAUGCUGCAACUGAAACAAUUCAAGCAUUUGUUGAUUUUAAAGAAGCAUCGUAUAGUGGAGGAGGAAAUAUCACAUUUAAAGGAGUCCUUGAAGAUAAUGCUUAUGUGGCAAGAAGAAUCUUUCUGGGAGAACUUCGUCUGGGGAAUUCACCACUCCACUUUACAUACUCGGUGAAAUCAGACGGGAAUUCUGUGAUUGGUCUUUGUCUUCAUUUCAUAAACAGUGCAGACACUGAAAAGAAAACCUCAGUUCUUCUUGCAUCUUGGGGAGACGCCUUGCUUACUAUGGGACGGUUCUCAAGCAACUUUAACAGUGUCAUUAUGCCACGUCAUGUGAAAAAGCAUCAAACAGCACCAGAAUGGGUCAUACAAGAGAGUAGCAUCACAAUGGAAGGAUCCACGUUAACUGAAAUUCACGCUGUUUGCUACAAUUCAAAUCCUACAGUAAGGAGGCUAAAUUCACCCUCAGUUCGUGAUCCAUCAGAAUAUUAUGCAGUUCUUGGUCAUAUGUCAAUUAAAUCUUCUACUGAUAACAUAGUUUUCCCACGAGCCUCAGAGUGGCAUCUUGAAAGCCAAAAUGUCAACUGGACAUCUGAUUCUCAGGGAAACAAAACCCUUUCCCUUAAAGUUCUCUGGACAUUGAAUCACGGCCUCUCUUCUGUAUUUUCCAAGUACAACAUUUAUGUUGAAACUGAACCAAAUGAAUCAGCACAAGCAUCAAAGUAUGUUGGAGUAGCAUUGGUGAACGCUUAUUAUUUUUCUGAGCUUUUGGUCCCAGAUGGUGUUUCAAGCCUCAAAUUCAUCAUCCAAGCUUGUGGCAUCAAUGGUGAUUGCCAGGAACUUGUGGAAUCUCCUUUCCUUCGGUUGCAUGUUGAAGGUGUGUAGAUUAUGUUGCUUUAUAGCCCUUUGUAAAAUGUCUCUUACCAUAGUUUAUAUUUCGCUUUUAUAUAUGUUGUUAUUGAUAUGUUCCUGGAUGUUAUAAAUUUACAAUUAAAUAUAUGUCACAGAAAUAAAUGUUACGUGAAAAUUUUCACUAUUUUGAUA